GUCAAAAUGUACGUCAAUCUUUCAAAUGUCAGCACAAAUUGUAUGGCAAUAUUGCCAGUAAAUGUAUUAAUUCUAAGAAAUUAUCCCUAUAUUCCAAGCUUGCCAACAUGACCAAAAGUCGGGGCUUAUAAACCCAGAGUUAAACCUUGACGCUGGAAAGGUACUCGAAUUUAAUCUGGGGUUACCGCUAACUCCGAGUUAAGCAACCCUCACCUAUAACUGAAAGCGGUGCAAACCACCGUAAAACCUCCUUCAUCGUUGUACCGGGGGAAUUUACAUUCGACUUUCUCCGCCGAAAUUGCGGCCGUUUUUUGACAGUGACAGGAGAGCUGUUCUAGUGCUUAAAGGUUAAAACGAAAAAAUGUAAACAAUAAUUCAAAUAGAUACUGCUAGGAUAACAGAAAAAGGGUUCCAGAAGUAAUGACUCGUAUAAGAUUCUGAUGAUAAACAUGAAGAACGUUGAAAUAAAAGCAGCAAUAAAAGACAUUAACAGUAUUAUUGAUAUUGCAAAAAAGCUUAGUGCAAGUGACGGUGAAGUUAUAAAACAAAAAGACACAUUUUUUAAUGUAGUUCAGGGAAGAUUGAAGCUGAGAGUGUUUGAGUCAGGGGAUGCUGAACUUAUCUAUUAUGAAAGACCCAAUGUGGAAGGGCCAAAAUUGAGCCAGUUUGAGAAAACGGAGAUACCAAAAGAUAAUGUUGUUGGGCUACAUAAUGUUUUAGAAGCAGCUUUAGGAUCCAAAAAAGUUAUAUGUAAAGUUCGUAGAUUGUAUCUGGUUGGUCAAACAAGAAUACACAUAGAUACCGUUGAAGGGUUGGGGGACUUUGUGGAAUUAGAGGUCUGUCUAAAAGAUGGUCAGAGUGUAACUGAUGGUGAAAAAAUUGCAGAAGAUUUGAUGGAAAAGUUACAAAUUUAUAAAGAUGACUUGAUUACAGGAGCAUAUGUUGAUUUAUUAACUGUAUAACUCAUUUUUUGUACUUUUUAUAAUGUUCUCGAAUAAACUAUAAUCUUUAUAUUUUUUACCAAGUUUUUUUUGGGAAGUAAACAUAACUCAUGUGACCUUUUCAUUUGAAUAGUUUUACCAAUAACUGGGGACAGAUUGUGGCUCAUAGCUGGUACCACUUGGUACACUGAUCUUUCAAAUUUUGCUGUUGGCAACCCUGUUAAAAAGUCACAAUUAUGAAUAACCUCACAUAUUUUGUAAACAUCUUCAUCUUACCAAAUGAUAGAUAAGUGCUACAUUUUAAUUUAUUAAAGAGUAAUACUGCAUUUUACGUUUAGACUUCUAUUAAUAAUUUCUUCCAUAUAGGCUGUACCACUUUAAGUAGAAAAAUAAACGCAACUUCAAAUUUGUAUUUUCCAUAAUGUACUCUGGAUCAGGAUCAGCAUAUAACUCAAGAAUCAAUACUAUCCAUGUACCGAAAAUAGUGAAAUGUCUAGAAUAUUUAAGCUAUAUUUUACUACUGCUUGUUGUGGUACCAAUCCAAAUCCAUAAGCCAAGCAGCGAUGAAAAAUUGUUCCAAGACUAUCUUGUGAAGUUCAACAAGACAUAUUCUGAUGAAAAAACAUACAACAAAAGGCUACAGGCUUUCAGUCUGUCAUUAAGAAACAUUGAAAAACUGAAUGAAAACAAAACAAACAUAUCAGCUCAAUAUGGACUAACGAAGUACUCGGACUUACUUCCAGAAGAAUUUGUCAAGCUUAGAUUACUACCAAAUUUAUCGAGUUACAUAGAAAAAGAUUUCAGAGGACCAGAAACAAAUAUAUCUCGUUUUAAGAGGUCGUUGAAUCUAAGGGUCAAGAUUCCCCAGAAAAUGGAUUGGAGAGAGAAGAAUGCUGUAACUAAAGUACAAAACCAAGGAAGCUGUGGAGCAUGCUGGGCUUUUUCAGCAGUUGGAGUGAUAGAAUCAAUGAAUGCUAUUAAAACAGGUGAGAGUUGGUAAACUUCAGUACACAAGAGAUGAUAGACUGUUCAAAAUAUGAUGAUGGCUGUGAUGGAGGUGACAUAUACUCACUUUUAAGGUGGAUGAAAACAUUCAAUGUAGCUGUGGUCAAGGAUGAAGUCUACCCACUGUCAUUGAGUCAAGGCACCUGCAAGGGCAAUUUUUCUGAAGGAAUUCGAAUUAAAGCAUUUGAUUGUGGCAGCUACAUUGAUUCUGAAGACUUAAUCCUUGCCCUUGUUGGCCUGAACGGACCUGUAGCUGUAGCAAUCAAUGCACAAUCAUGGCAGAACUAUGUCGGCGGUACCAUCCAAUACCAUUGUAAUAACGACCCUCUCAGUAUAAACCACGCGGUACAAAUAGUGGGCUAUGACCUGACCUCUGCAGUGCCUUACUACAUAGUGAAAAAUAGCUGGGGUGAAGAAUUUGGUAUGGAUGGGUAUCUGAAGAUUGCUGUUGGGCAGAAUUUAUGUGGGUUAGCUUAUGAAGUUUGUGCCAUUCAGUUGCUGUGAUAGGUAUUGUUCAGAAACUCUAAUCAAAUUACAUUCUUUGAGUUGAAUAAUGAGCAAAAUAUAGCCAGCCGUCCAAGUACAACAGACAGAAUUGUCAUUUUGCAGAAAAAACAAAACCAUUGUAAGGCUCUUAGGCUCGGUUUUUCAAUCGCUGGUCAACUUCCAAGUUUGGUAACUGUAACUUGUAAGUCAACUUUUAUUCGUCGGUAAAUUCGUAUUUCUAGUUCCAGUUGACUAACUUAGAACUGCGGAUCUGACAACGCUGCUACGUCUGAACUAUCGUGCUCCGAGCGUUUUGUGGCGCUGUUUGUGUCUCGUGUCAUCUGCGACAUGAUACUGUCAAGCAAAAAAGGUUAGGAGUUGCGGUUUAACUACAACUUUUUAGAUAACCGGUUAGUUGACUGGUUAAAACAUUGAUUAACUUAUUCUACUAGAAGAUAGCCAACCUAAUGUUCCGCGUCCAAAAAAAUAUCCUAAAUAAAAUGAGAUACCGUGGCGUCAUCUAUAAGAAGUUGUUACAGCUGCUUUUCUAUUUACUAUAUUUUGAACAUGUCAGUGUCUCACAGCUGUAGCCAGUUGUACGCUUGUAUACGCUUAUGUAAAACAGCGCGACACCAACCUUUUAAAACCAUGUAUAUAUAGUAAUUGUCAAAAGUAUAUAGACAAAUUAAUAUUGGGCUGUAUUCCUUUUUUAACUUGUUUUAUUA